AUGAGCGAGAGGAGAGUGGCAGUGGACUUGCCCCCGGGAGCCAACGCCAGCAUGCCCCUCCAGAGGCACAGGGUGCCAUCCCUCAGGGGAACACGAUCGCCAUCCUCCCUGGAGAGUCCCCCAGCCUCCAGGACCGGUGCUGUUGGGAGCCUCGUCCGUGCCCCUGGGGUCUACGUAGGAGUGGCACCCAGUGGCUGCAUAGGUGGCCUCGGUGCCCGAGUGACACGCCGGGCCCUGGGCAUCAGCAGUGUCUUCCUGCAGGGCCUACGGAGCUCAGGCCUUGCCACUGUGCCGGCUCCAGGCCCAGAAAGGGAGCACGCUGCCGUGGAGGACCUGGGGGGCUGCCUGGUGGAGUAUAUGACCAAGGUUCACGCCCUGGAGCAAGUCAGCCAGGAGCUGGAAACACAGCUGCGGGCUCACCUGGAGAGCAAGGCCAAGCGCUCUGGAGGCUGGGAUGCCCUCCGCACCUCCUGGACCAGCAGCUACCAGCAGGUGGGAGAGGCGGUCUUGGAAAACGCCCGGCUCAUGCUACAGAUGGAGACGAUCCAGGCGGGCGCAGAUGACUUUAAAGAGAGAUAUGAAAAUGAGCAGCCAUUCAGGAAAGCAGCAGAAGAGGAAGUAAGCUCCCUGUACAAAGUCAUUGACGAAGCUAAUUUGACAAAGACGGAUCUGGAGCAUCAAAUAGAAAGCCUGAAAGAAGAACUGGGCUUUCUGUCAAGGAGUUAUGAAGAGGAUGUGAAGGUUCUGUACAAACAGCUGGCAGGGUCUGAGCUGGAGCAAACAGAUGUUCCCAUGGGCACUGGUCUGGAUGAUGUCCUUGAGACGAUCCGAAUUCAGUGGGAGAGAGAUGUGGAAAAGAACCGAGCAGAGGCAGGAGCCAUGCUCCAAGCUAAGCAGCAGGCGGAGGUGGUCCACGUAUCCCAGACCCAAGAAGAAAAGCUGGCCGCUGCCCUCAGUGUAGAGUUGCAUGACACUUCGUGCCAAGUCCAGAGUCUCCAGGCUGAGACGGAGUCGUUAAGGGCUCUGAAACGCGGUCUGGAAAACACACUCCAUGACGCCAAGCAUUGGCAUGACAUGGAACUUCAGAACCUGGGUGCCGUGGUUGGCAGGCUGGAGGCAGAGCUGGCAGAGAUCCGCUCAGAGACGGAGCAGCAGCAGCAGGAGCGGGCACAUCUGCUGACAUGCAAGAGCCAGCUGCAGAAGGACGUGGCCUCCUACCAUGCCCUGCUGGACAGACAGGAGAGCAACUAACGGGGGGAAAACCAAAAGCAACUUCCUCUUUUCACAAAGAAAGCUCUGCCCUCCUCAGCAGUCCAACCAUGAGG